AAGCGAUAUAUUUUCUGAACUAAAAAAUAACACAACCUAAUCCAUCAAAGCAAGACUCUUUAUAAAGAAGAAGAAAAAAAUGGUGGACCCUCUUUAUUAGAAAAAGAAAUUCAAAAGCUUUCUAACAUAAAUAUACAACAACAUCGCAUGUUCCAUGAGGUCCAACAAUUCCCAUCAAAAGCGUUUAUGUUAAUAUCAUUUUUCAUGAAGCAUCAUUGAAGUGUCAAAAGGAGGCAAUGCCACAAUAUCACUUGCAAUAGCGUUGGAUGCAUCAAUGAGUACAGGAAGUGCAAUACCUGGGCCCAAAAAUCAACUGGGCCCAAUACCCUUUUGGGCCCAUAUUUGAGCAUAGGGCCAGGAUACGUAGUGGGCCAAUUGGAGCCCAUAUUUAGCAGCUCAAUGAGUGCCACGUCAUGUUCUCGGGAUGGAGGUGACUAGGGCCAGAUGGGAAUCAGAGGAGGGCGCCCUUCACGUGGGGGAAGCUGAGGGUGACACCUCGCCCUAGCUAAAGGGGUUACACCGCUUAAGAAUGCCUAAUUAAACCUCUCUACCGUAUCUGGUUCUCCCUCAGGACCUUAGGAACCUGUGAACCGGCAAAGGAGGUGUUGGAGUGGAGGCACCGGAGCACGGGACACUGCAACCUCUUUCGGAAUCAAGGUGAUCAAAGAGCCGAUUAACCAGCUUAAAGGAAUUUUGAACGAAUUAAAGUUCGCAAACAAUAUGGAGGAUGAAAGAGAAAUGAGAGCGCCUUCUCCAGACCCUAGCAGCCAAUUAACUACAUAAACUACUCCACACUCCGUAGCAACCCAGGCAGACCUGACAGGAGUGUACCAGUUAAUGGCACAGUUGCUUCAGCAACAGCAACAGAUACAGUUGACUGCCCAACCUGUACAGCCGAUGGUUUCCUAUUACGAGAGGUUUCGUAGGCUGAACCCACCGAUGUUUGACGGUGGAUCAGACCCCUUGACCGCUGAGACUUGGAUUCGGGAAAUGGAGAAGAUGUAUCAGGCACUCGAAUUUCCCGAAGAAGUAAAAGUUAGACUAGCUAUUCCUAUGUUGAGGGGAAAUGCGGAGUUUUGGUGGUCCUCCAUGGAGAUAGCAUAUGAGGUCAAUAGAAUGACCUGGAGAGAGUUUAAAGGGUUAUUUUAUACUCGGUACUUUCCGGACUCAGUCAAGCAGACAAAGCAGAAUGAGUUUUUAUCGCUGACUCAGUCCGAACAUAUGACUGUUCUGGAUUAUGCCAACAAGUUCAAUGAGCUAGGCCGAUUCUGCCCUCAGUUCAUGGAGGACGAGAGGAGUAAGGCUAACCAGUUCGAACAAGGGCUGAGAUAUGGGAUCAGGUCCCGGACAUCCUCACAUUUAUUCACCAGUUACCGGGAUAUUUUGGACAGAGCCCUGAAAGUGGAGGCUGAAUUGAGAAGAUAUGAUAGGGAAAGGGCUGACCUGAAGAGACCUAGACCAGCUGGGAGACAGAGUGGCAAGCCAAGAAAUUUCAGGAGCACGCUGAUUCAGAAGAAGCAGUUUAGGGUCUGUGCCUGCUGUGGCAAAUCCCAUAGUGGGCCUUGUCUAAGGAGAGUAGGGGCAUGUUUUAGUUGCGGGCAGACUGGACACUUGGCACGCGACUGCCUGAAUAAGAGGAGGAAUGAGCUCCGACCUCUUGUACCUAGGGACCAGAGGCCAAGGAACAAUCCUCGAGUCUUUGCACUGACCCAUCAGGAUGCCAAUGCUAGCGACCGGGUGGUGACAGACUACCAUUAGUGAUAGCGGCAAGAGACACUUUCUGCAUCAGGGUUUCAUUUUUGGAUAAAUAUACUUUUGUAUACAUAAAAUAUUAUAGAAGCUCUGUACUUUUGAUCGCCCAGUAAGUUAUACUGGUAAUGUUAUAUAUAUGAAACUUGACUACCUUGUUAUUCGUA